GUUAAGUGAGGGCCUGUUUAUGCAAAGUCUAGUCUUGGCCGACCUUUGGCUGAACAACCGUCAUACGCUUCACAUAGACGGAGAGAGAGAGAGAGAGAGAGAGAGAGAGAGAAAUGGCGAGGAAGAGAUUGCUGCUGCUGUUAAAACCGUUCGACGUUUACCCAUUUUCCCAAUCAGACGGUCUGGCUCGCAUCACCAACCCUCAGAUAUUACAUUACUUGGACAACAGGCGAAAGGUGCACAAGGAUGCAAUAAACUUUUGUCAGAACAUAUUGCACCAAAAGCCUGUUGAGUGGAAAUCCAUAGUACGCAACAAUCUAUCACAGCCCAUCCGUGAUGUGGACCUUGUUGUUACAGUUGGUGGUGAUGGCACUCUGUUACAAGGUAGCCAUUUCAUUGAUGACUCGGUUCCAGUUCUAGGAGUGAAUUCUGACCCCACACAACCUGAAGAGGUUGAGAAGCUCAGUAAUGAAAUUGAUGCUAAUAGAAGCACAGGCUAUCUUUGCGGUGCAACUGUCAACAACUUUGAACAGGUACUGGACAGCAUCCUCAAGGAUCGAGCUAUUCCUUCCAAAUUGACAAGGAUAUCCGUAUCCGUAAACUCACAACCGCUUUCAACUUAUGCUCUUAAUGAUAUUUUAAUUGCACAUCCAUGUCCAGCAGCACUUUCACGGUUCUCAUUCAAAAUUAAAGGGGACGACCAGCCAUGCGCCCCCUUAGCGCACUCUCGAUCAAGUGGUCUCAGAGUUUCAACAGCUGCUGGAUCAACAGCUGCAAUGCUCUCAGCAGGUGGGUUUCUGAUGCCCAUAUUAUCCCAGGAUCUCCAGUAUAUGGUAAGAGAGCCCAUCUCACCAGGAGCGGCCUCAAGCUUAAUGCACGGGUUAAUCAAAUCUCAUCAGUCCAUGGAAGCUACAUGGUUUGGCAAAAAGGGGGUCAUAUAUAUUGAUGGUUCUCAUGUUUCCUAUACUAUAAAAAAUGGGGAUGCCAUUGAGAUAUCUUCCAAGGCCCCAAUUUUGAAGGUUUUCUUGCCUCACCAUUUACAGAACAUUAGUGAAGAAACGUGAGGAGGCAUAUUUAGAUAAAAAUAAAUUAAACAUUUUUGUAAAUACGAGCUGUGCAUACGUGCGGAACUUUUGUAAACAUGAGUUCAGGUGUAAGAUUUUGAUUCUUUGAUUUCCAGGAGAAAUUUACUAAGUU